UUGGGGAAUAGGAUGAGGACAAGAAGAGAAGAAAAUAGCCCCAGUAACUUCUCCGGGGUUGAUUGCGUAUGAGGAGCCCCAGACAAGGCCAGACCAGCUGUUUGCAUGGGGGUGUUUGCAGGGUUUGCAUCCCGGCGUCUCCGACCUUUUUCCCGGCGCAGAUACUAUCAACUUUUCCAGCAUCAUACCACUAGCACCUACUUGGCUUGUCUAGUUCAAAUUAUACCCGGCUUCGCAGAUUGAAUAUACAGACAUGUCUGAUUGAUCGGGAUCUAUCACCAAACUCGCCGUCCUCGUCGACAGGGACUGGAAUGUCCUGAGAAUGCAGCGUUUAUGGUCCCACAGCGCAGCGCCAACCUCCCACUGCCUUUCGUGCCUCAGCACCACCGCGGUGAAGGCGGCCCCUCGAACGGUGCCGACGACAAGCAUGCGAAGAUUACGUAUCAAGGACUCGCCCACAGCUCGCUGUACCGGUUUCUUUGCAGCAGCGGCCUCAACAGAGGCGCCCGCAAAUGGCAAGCACCGCCGGAGGUGGGAGGAAAGGAUUGCGCCUGUAAACGAGGCGAAUGAGUUGUUCGAUGAGGGGGGAUACUUUUUGGGUGCCCUGUCACCACUGCGAACCCCAAACCUUUUUCGAACGGCGUUUCAGACCAGACGAUUCCACACGCUGCCGCGGCCUACACAUAGAACCAUUCGGUCGCCGAUUACACAAACGCCGCGCAGACUAUCGCAUUUCUCGAGUAAUGUCGGUCUCGAUACAGAAGGAGUGGAUCCGGCUGUUCAAGAGCUAGAAGCUGAAAAGUUGGCUCCGAUAGAGGAAGCAGACGAUGAUUUUGACAUGGCUAUUGAUGUAGAGGAUGUUCCUGAUUGGCUCAAGUCAGAUGUGCUUCGCGCGAAGGCAAUCAAGAAACUCGCAUUGAAACAGCUUGCGAUUAGGCUUGUAUUACGCCCAGCGAUUGCUCACAGCUAUUUCGGUAUCCUGAAGAAUUAUGAUGACGACGCUUCCACCCCACAACUUGACUUGCCGGGUCUUCUAUUCGAGCUAAACGCCACUCGCCGUAGGAUACGGCAGAUUAAGUCAAACCCAACGGCCAACAUCGAGGAUUUAACCCGAGGCAUCAGUAUUCGUCGGCUUAAAGAGGUGAAUCAUCGAAGUAGACAGCUUGAAAACCGCUUCCGUCAAGACACAGACCUAUACAUGGGCAAUGAAAUGCCUCUCGAGGAAUAUCUCUUAAGGCUGUCGAGUAAUCUACUCGAUGUUCAAGAUCCUGAUCAGGCUUAUACCUUCACGAAAAUGAUCAUAGCAUUCACAAAAACCCGACAAAACGACAUUGCCAGGCUGGUUAUUAAAACGAUACUUCCUUACAAAUUUCAACUAAGCCCUUCCCUGAUAACAGCAAUUAUUGUCUUCUUUCGCAAGAGUAAAGAUCUGAACGGCUUCGAUCUGUUUCUGAAAAUGUUGGAAGGAAAGGGAUACCCGAUUGAACUGGGGAGUCUCGGUUACUACAAAGCGAAGACAGUCAAUGGAAUUGAAGUCUCAGUUCCCCCGGUUCACAGUGCAAAUGUUGUUAUCUACGCUGCACUCAUUAGGGCUUGUCUGCGUUUCGACCAGCCUGAUCGUGCUGACGCGUACCUUAUGGUAGCGAGAGGCGCCGGCAACUUGGACGAUUUUGCUAUACUCAUGUCGUAUUUGGAAUUCUACGCAAUACGCCGUAAUUGGGAAAAGGGACUACCCGUCCUGCAAAGAGCUCUGGCUUUCAUUGCUUCAACGACCGAACACCCGCCGCAAAGGGUAGAGAGACUUAUCAGAAUGAUGGUGCAUCUAUGUGAUUCAUGUCGCAUGCUCGAGGCUUCUGAUGCCGUCAUUGAGGCUUCCGUUAAUAGUGGGUUCAGCCCGGAUCUACCUCGGAAACAAAAAGACAUUGUCUCCGAAUUCGAUCCAGAAUCUCAGAGGUGGUGGACAAUAGCGGAAACCUCAGUACCGAGAGCGAACCUGACGAAGGCAGACCAAUAUCUCGAGUUUGUUAGGAUCGUAGGAGAAUACCUUGAUAAGAUGCCCAUCCCGGGGGAAGGAGGGUCUGCUCGUCGAUUGCAAAGGCUUUCCCAGAUAUAUUCCCGCCGCGUUUUGACCUCGGUGGUUGAGGGAAGACUUGCUGGAAAGGCAAUGGAAGAAGAUACGAGAGAACAGGGCAUCAUUAAUGAUGCGCUCAAAACAAUCCAAGCGGAAAACGAAAAUGCCUCGACUUCCCUUGAAGGCACGAUGGCUGCCCAACAGCAGGAAAUUGUGACUCUCAGAAGUGAAGUCGCCCAAUUGAAAGAAAUGGUCCUCCAUUUAUCUCAGCACACGACUGCGCCGCGCACUAAACCAACAUCUGAUCCAGAAGAACUGAUUGGCGAUACAUCGGCGCCCGCUUCAGGCGAAAGCCCUCCACAAAACGGACGAGCUGGUGGCGUGAGCUCCUAGAUGAACAACUACGUGGCCACGACAGCCUGUAUUAUGAUAUCCUCUAACUACUUACGUAUAACUCUACUUGGAGUCAUGUAUAUCUUACACUCAGCUCUAUUACCCUCUUUUUUUUUUGGCGACCAUACUUAUGGCCUUUGAUACCUAUAAACCUGUACAUUAUAUCUAUAGAUAGAAACCUAUUUUCUUGGCUAAUGCCUCCUAGGAUUGCAUGCUUUUGUUCCAAAUUGGGUCGUUUCAUAUAUGGGACUGGAGAUAGGAACUUAAAUACGUCGGCUUAUUUGUCCUUUGCCCACAAAUAAGCACACAAAAUCGGAAAAGACAUCGCUCCCUUGUUGGCGGGUAUAUCAUAAAUGGAAAACAUUUUGGCAUUGACAUGACGAGAUGGCAAGCAUAGUCUAUAAAUUUCAUAUCUA